GGCUUUGGCUGGCCUCCAUCGUUCUCGACUAGUACAGCCCGGGCGCACGCAGAGACAGAGCAGAGGAGUAGCGAAACAUCCUGACGAAUCAGCAGGAGAGAAAAGUCGGCAACGUUCUCGACUAGUACACACCCGAUCGAAGAGGAAGAGGAAGAGGCUUGCUCUGCAUCCAGCAUAUAUUCCAUGGCGCCGGCAGACAUGGCGGAGCCGGCCAUGACGACGGUGAGCAGGGUGGAGGACGCGGGGCGGAUGUCGUCCAUAGAGUGGGAGCCCAAGACGCUCACCCUCGCCCAGAUCAAGUUCGCAAGGGAGGCGGCGCUGUACGUGGUGAGCACCAAGACGGAGCAGGAGGCGAUCAGGAUCUUCACCGAGGGUCUUAAGCCCGUGCGGAUCAUGGCCGUCAGCAAGUCCACUAGCUCCAUCGACUCCUCGUCGUCGGACGACGACGUCGAGCUCGGCGCCUGCUGCUGCUCCUCCACCAAAGGCUGUCGCGGUGGCGGGAGCAAAGGCGGCCGACGGCGCCGCUCCAUGGACGACAGGGACGUCGCUACAACGCCAUUCUAGCUAGCUAGCUAGCUACUUGUUCCUUUAUUUACACGUAAGGUCGUAGCUGUGUGCGUACUACUAGUUUACAUAUAUAGCUAGUAGAGUCUACUGCAUGUCUGUCUUUCCUUUUUUUUUCUUUUCCUCGAUCCCGCCUGUUUUAAUUACUUCCCUUUGGCUGGCCUGGUUUUGUUUAAAAUAGCCGGCGAGUUUGGAAUAGCGCGGCGAUUUUUUGAGGCAUAACUAGGCUCUCUUGAUUAGUACUUAGGGGGUGUUUGGUUUCUAGGGACUAAUUUUUAGUCUCUACAUUUUAUUCCAUUUUAGUUCCAAAAUUUCCAAAUAUGGAAACUAAAACUCUAUUUUAAUUUCUAUAUUUGACAAUUUAUAUACUAAAAUGGAAUAAAAUAAAGGGACUAAACAUUAGUCUCUUGAAACCAAACACCCCCUUAGCUUCGCUCCUUGCUUGGACACAAGAGAUGUAAAUACCAGAAAGCUGCUAGCACUGUACAUUACUGCCUU